UUUUAAAAUGGAGUUUGACUCUCAACCGUCACUGAAACACAAAUUUCAUUAGGAAUCCCACUAUUGCAAAGUAUAAAUAAAGUAAAUGAAAGUGCAUUUGUGAUUAACCCACUAGCCAUUUAAUAAUUAUAACGCGGUAUUCGGAAUGUCAUAAUCAGUGAAUUGCGUCGGAAGUGAAGUGCAUCGAAAUGGAGUCUACAUCUACGCGUCGAAUGUUAGAAAAAAUGGACAUGGAUGCACAAUUUGAGAAUAAGAAGAGAGAACUUAAAGAAGUUCGAGAGCAGAAAAAGAAGUUGCUCGAACUUCAAGACAAGACGAGUUUAAAUUUAAAAGCCAAUUCUAACCUAGAGUCUCAGUUAACAGAGAAAUCAAAGCAACUCGAAGUAUCUAAUAAAAGAAGGGACAAUUUGGAACGAGAAUUGGUUACUGCCAGAUCAGAGGCAGCUGGCAUUAAACGAAUUCUAGAAUUAGAGCGACAAGAGAGACGAGAAUUAGAGACUAGAGCUCUAAACUUAAUAAAGGGUGCAAAACGAAAAUGGGAAAAUACAGAAAAGGACAAAGUAGCUCAACUCAACAAACACAUCGAAACACAAACUGCUCGAAUAGCUGAGCUAUGUACGAGCAAUAAUGAAAUGAGCAUAAGACUUCAACGAGCAGAAUGUGAAUUAAAAACAGCCACUGCGGAGUUGAAUAAACUCCGAGCUUUCCAGGUUCAAUAUAAAGAAUCACUGGCUAAGAUGAGAGAACUGAGUCGCCAAAGUGCUCAAGGAGUUGGUAAUAAAUUAGAGCAAAUGGCAGCUCGAGCUCACAAUCAGUUAGCAGAACUUCGAACCAAACUGGAAUUGGAAGCGGCAAAGACUGCAGAUUUGGAAAAUAAGUUACGCAAUGAGCAAGAUUCGAAUCAUUGUCGUCAAUCCAGGCUUAAUGUUGCUUUGGAACUGGCACAAUCUGAACUCAAGGAUUGCCAGGAACAAUUAAGAAGUUUAAAAGCCACAAUUCCUGCUCGAGAUGCUGAAAUGGAGGAACUAAAAAAAGAGUUGAUUCAGAAAACUAACCAACUGGAAAAUGCUGUAGUGAAUGAGCAAACGGUUAUGAGUAUGCAAGAGCAAAUAGAAAGACUUGCAGCUGAGAAUGAGCAUCUGAAAAAUCAGUUAGAGAACACUAAAUCAGAUCUUAGUGAUACUUUGAUGAGCUUGGAACAGAGAGAAACGAUCGCUUUGAAUUUGGAACGAGUCGAGCAAGAUAAAGCAACUUUGGAGCUUCGAUUGCGUAGUUCAUUAGAGAAAGAAGAGGAGCAACUGCGCAAGGUCAGUAACCUAGAAGAAUUACUGCGAAGAUUGGAGCACAGCGUAACGAAACUUGAGGCCGAAAAUGCUUCACUUAAAGGAAUUGAACACGAUAAACCUACAACUAGUACAAACUCAAGUAUCGGUUUCGAUAGUCACCAUAGCAAAAAUAUUUCUCAGCUGGAGCAACAGAUUCAAAAAUUAGAACAACAACUGCAAGCCUCGAACGAAAGUUUAGCUGCCGAACGAAAGGUGGCCAAACAGGCACAGAUUUCUUUAUGGAAGAAGGAAAAAGAGCUCUCUGAUGCGAAUCUCGACAAACGCAUUGCGACCAGAGAAGCCAAAACGGCUGAGGAAAAGCUCAAAACUUUACAGGAAGAUAAACAAAAGUUGACAGAGAGGCUAAGGAAAAAAGAGAAGGACGAAGAGGAAAAAGCUGCGAAGCUACUCAAAGAAUUGGAGAGUGCGAAAGCCUCCUUAGGAGAAUUAACUAGAGAAUCUUCGAGAAAUAAGAUGCAAGCAGAUUCUGCACAAAGGGCACUUACGCAGGCGAAUAAACAAAUAGAAGAGCUCCAAUCAUCAAGCUCCUCGUUGCGAAGAGAAUUAGACGCUACCCGCAAACAAAUGCGUGGAAAUCAAGAUCGCGUCGAUACUCUCAAAUCCGAGAACGAGCGUCUAAAGCUUCAAAUAUCAAGGCAUAACGACGAGAAUAACGAGCUUGAAACUAAGCUUGAUAAACUGCAAGAGGAAGUCAACAGUUAUCAAGUUAACAACGAAUUAUUAAAGGAAACUUGCACAGUUCUCGAAGAGCAGUUGACUGACUAUGAAAGGCUGACAAACGAUCAUGAAACUAGAGAGAAUACAUUGAUCCAAGACAAGAUGAAGCUUCAGAAAGACCUAGAAAUAACAGAGACUAAACUUCGUGAAUGCAAGAUCGCCCAGAACGAGGAAAAGACCAUGCGAAUAGUCGCUGAAAGAGCGAUAGAAAGAUUGGAAUCCGAAACGAGCGAUAUUGAAGGUGAGAGGAAUAAUGUGGCUGCCCAGAGGGACGAGUACAAAAAGCUUGCACAGAAACUAAACGAACAAAUCGCCGAGUUGUCGACUAAAUACGGUAAUUUAGAGUGCGAUUUAUCCCAAACGAAACGAUUGCUAGACAACGCCAAAGAGGAGGCACGAGUCGUGAAAGAGGAAUGCUCGCAGCACUUGACAAGACUUCACGAACUCAAGGAAACAAACCUGAAUCUCAUGGCAGAUUUGCAGGACAGCGUAGACCAGGGUCAGGAACUUAGAGCUAGGGUCGCUGAACUGGAGGGCGUGAUGGACGAGAUGAGGCAAUUCUACCAGGAGAGGGAAGUCAAGUCUGGAAGCACCUGUCAGCAGCAAACUAAACUAAUAGAUUAUUUGCAGCUGAAACUCGAGCAAUGCAGCAAAAGGAAGAAGGGCGUCUGCGACAAAAUAUUCGGCCUCAAACAGAAGGAGAACAUUUGUCCUGUUGGAACUGCAAUGCCUGUCGGAUAUCGCGAACUAGAGAAUCAAUUAGAGCAGGAAAGGGCGAAAGUAAAGGCUUUAACGGAACAAAUAUUGACUGUUAAAACUACAAAAUCCUCGUCUCAUCCUACCUCACCUCCAGCGUCCCCUCCACAGAAGCACAGUUCCGCUUUUGUUGGAGAUUCAGGAGAUUACUUGACUAGACAUCUUUCUCUCCAAAGAAUGAAGCACAAUAUUCCGCACAGAUUCAAUAUCAGUUUACCAAUGCGCGCGGGAAAAUGUGCUGCGUGUCUAGACUCAAUCCAGUUUGGCAAGCGAGCAGCGAUUUGCAGCGAGUGUCAGAUAAUGACGCAUCUUAAAUGCUCUGUUUCCGUUCCAGCUACUUGCGGACUCCCUGGAGACUUCGCAAGGCAAUUCGGAAAGUACAAGGAGAGCACCGAUAGUUUGUCGAGUUUCGUUGACAGUGUGAAGACAUUGGCGAUAGACGAACCGGACAAACCUGAAAGGGACACUGACCAUUUGCAGAGGAAUGGGGAUAUGUCAAUGGAGAGUUGGGUUAAGGUGCCAGGUCGGGCGAAGUCUUGUUGGGAGAGGAAGUACUUAAAACUGGAAGGAGCCAGUUUGUGUAUAUAUGAACACCAACCUAGUCCGGGAAUGGCGCCGGUCAGUCGACUGGAUUUACCUGAGAAGGAAGGCUUUACGAUUUCCGAAUCCGUGGAUCAAGCCGAUGUUGCUGGAACUGCGAAAUCCGAUUUGCCAUUUAUUAUUAGGGUUGAGCCUAAUUCGUCGACGACUUGUUGGCCAACAUCGAGGUUGGAUAUUAUGGCUUUGAGUCAACUGGAUAAGAAAAAUUGGUUGAAGGCUUUGAGGUCGAUGACGAAUAAACCCGGCAGGAUUGACAAAUAUAAGACGGUGUUGAGAUUGGAGAAAAAUCAGUUGGAUCUCAAUUGUGUUGUUGAAUUACCAGACGAAGGUGUUUUGUUAUUGGGUGCAGAGGAAGGCUUGUACUCGUAUCAAUCUUCGAAAGCCCAAGUACUUACGAUAAUCAGGGGAGUUAAAAAAGUUCACCAACUGACUCUGUAUCCUAAAUUGGGUCUGGCGUUGAUGAUCGCUGGCGAAGAUAGACAACUGGUUUCGUGUGAUUUGAGACAAUUGAAGAGUAACGCACUGGCUGCGGAAUGUUCGCGUCCAGCAAUUAGCACGAAGCCUGUCUUGACUGGCGCCGAAAGUUGCCAUCUUUAUCAAGUGCACGGAGAAAUGCUCUGUGCAGCAACUACUUCUCAUGUUGUCCUACUAAAAUGGACGACUAGUGAAGAUUCUGGUGAAUUUAUCGGAGUUCGUGAACUCGAAACCACAGAGCCUUGUAGUUGUGCCUUAUUUACGAAAAAUAUCCUUAUCGUUGGAUGUAACAAGUUCUUCCAAAUCGAUAUUACGGACUACUCUAUUGACGAUUUUCCGGAAGAGGACGAUAAUUCUAUCAAAGCAGCGCUUAUGGGAGUGGCGAGGCUAGGAAUUUUCCCUGUUUGUAUUCUAGACGUAUCAAAUAACUCACAAAAUGUCGAGCUUUUACUUUGUUAUAAUGAAUUCGGUGUAUUUGUUAAUGAAAAUGGACAAAGAACUCGCAAUAUGAAUCCAAACUGGAGUCAUCUUCCCUUCGCAUUUGCAUAUCGCAAGCCCUAUUUAUUCAUAGUGCAUUUUUCAUCUGUGGAGAUUAUAAAGCUGGACUUGAAUUCAUUCAAGUCGUAUUCCAAUAAAGAAGAGAGAACCUUGAUAGAGUUGAGUAACCCCCGUUAUUUGGGACUCGCAGGUUCCAAGGGUAUUUACAUUUCGGCUGUUAAUUCGGUGUUCGAAUUGCUAAAAAUUGAGGGAAUCUCAUUGACACCAAGGUUAAGUGGUAGUCUCACUAGCAUAGACUCAUUGUCCCAGAAUGAGGACAGCACAUCGGAAUUUAGUUUUACUUCUAGUUUAAUGGAAGCCCUUGACGGACAAGGAAGAAAAGUACAUUUUGCAAAUGUAUCGAAUCACCAACAAUGACGCAGUCGACGAUAUUUGGCAUAAUAAAUACAUUCGAGGCUUUGGCUCGACACAAAAGGUAUCGAUAACUCUUCAUAAAAUAGAAUGAAAUAAUUCUAGUAAAUGAAUUGGUUCGGUUGAAGCAUGUGAAAUAAAUUAUAUUUUCGAAAACUUUGAUCGAAGUAAUUUGCUCAUAAUUUGUGCAGUAUGCAUCUUAUUUUAAGUUGAAAAUUAUGCCAUAUGCUUCAAUAGAACUAUGACGACUUCCUAAAACUGAUCUCCGAAACAAUUUUAUUCGAUCAGAAUCCAAUCAUUUUUGGUAAGUCGCAUUUCCUUUCUCACUCAGAUUCUGGAAGACUGAUCGAUGUCGUUUUUACGCCAGUUAGUAUUAUAAGAAACUUGCCAAAUUGAAACCACUUAUGUCAAUAAGUAUUUUUUGUAUAUUUUUUAUGCAAAGUGCAUAAGUCAGUGAUAUAAGAAAACAAGUACAACGACAUUUUUAAUAUAAAUACUUAUUUUUAAUACUGACAUUGUAUAUGUGAAUCGUUCAUCCUAAAACUUAAUACUCUCUCGAAUUAAUUAUACAAAACGACGUUUAGUCAUUAACGAAAUAUGUACGAUCAUAAUAUAUUCUUUUGUAUACGUCUUAUUAUUUUUAGUCCUACGAUAAGAACGCAUUCAAUUUUUCGAAUAAGGGAUUGUAUGAUACACGACAAAAUAAACAAAAAAAGAUGGUGACUUUCAA